GAAAAUGGUUAGCAAAAAUGAUGAAAACUGUUGUGACAUCAAUGUGGUCAAGGAACGCCCAGUUUUUAUACCGCCACGUAAACGUCAAACGAAUAAAAAAACAAAUGGAACACAAAAUUAUGUAGAUCAUAUUGCCAAUGUACAGAAUCGCCAAAAACUCUCACCCUCCAACAAUGUCUUAGAGGAAGAUCUCUUAAACACAAAACUUUUGCUGAAGAACAAACAACCACUGCCUCAAAUACCGCUAAAACAUCCCGAUGACAAAUCGGUUAAAUCCCCCAAAUCCGCACAAUCCGUGGACAAUAUCUAUGUGGAUGACAAUGAGCUCAACAAUUUCGAAUCGAUAUCACAAGGAACAAAAUCCACCAACCGCCAUGAAUCGUCCACCGUAACACCCUCUAGCUAUUCGGAAAGUAGUUUGGAUGUGAAACUAAGUAAAUCCCAUGAUUGUUUAAGCAAUCGUUCGGGCUCCAAGAAACGAGUUAAUAUACGCACCGAUCUGGCGCAAUUGAGAAGUGCACGCAAUUCACCAGAUCAAACAAACUAUGAGGAUUUGGAGUCGGGGGAAACAAGUGUUUUGAAUACAUAUGAUCAGUCUUUGGAAAGAUAUCAGGCCAAGAAAAUGCAGGAAAAUCCCAACUACUUGACCAUGACGGGCACUAUAAAGCGUGGCAAGAAAAAGGGACAAAGUUUUGAUUUACAAUUGAAUAUCAGUCGCGAUGAAUUGGAGAAAAUCAAUGCAGUGGCCAUGAAAAUGGAAACUAAAGAGAAUAAAAAAUGUUGCAAGUGUUCAUUUAAUACAGGUUUGCAUAUAUUUUUAUGGUCCUUGAUAUGUCUACCCUUUGUUAGCUUAAUAUCCAGUAUUUAUGCCUUCUACAUAGGCACCAUAACCUGGUAUAAUGUAUUCAAUUAUAUGCAUGAGGAGAAAUCCAUUCUAAUGAGAUUUUUAAUGUCACCCCUGCUGGUGGCUUUAUAUCCCAUUUAUAUAGUGUUGAGUAGUGUGGGUUUGGGUAUUUAUGCCGGUUUUGUGCAAUUGAGUUUACAGUUUUCCGCCUGGUGCAAUGAAAUUGCUGAUAUAGAGAAGGGCUUCUAUGGCUGGCUGUGCUCAGUUUUACAUCUAUCCGAUUGCAGUCCCUACGAGGUAGUGAUAUUGACUGAUAUCAGGGAAGAGCUAACCCAGCCGGCCCGCUUAGAAAUCCAAACCUCCAAUGAGGAAUUAACGCUUUAAAUUAAUCGAUUUAAAGUUAUAAACCAU